AUGGCAUCACUGGCUCCCCUUCUCUGCCUCCUGGUGCUCUGGGUCCAGGGUUCCUCCGGGCAGAUUGUGCUGACUCAGACCCCAGAGUCCCUGGCGGUGUUUCCAGGAGAUCAAGUGACCAUCAAGUGCAAAGCCAGCUCCAGCCUUGCUGAUAGUAGCUCUUGGAGUAGCUAUCAGCAAUUAGCCUGGUACCAGCAGAAACCUGGACAAGCUCCAAAGCUCCUCAUCUAUGGUGGUUCCACACAGCAGUCGGGAGUCCCAGCCCGGUUCAGCGGCAGUGGCUCUGGCACCGAUUUCACUCUCACCAUCAGUGGUGUUGAAGCUGAAGAUGCUGGAGAUUAUUACUGUCACCAGUCCCGCAGCUCACCUCACACAGAUGCAAGUUCCUCCGGGCAGAUUGUGCUGACUCAGACCCCAGAGUCCCUGGCGGUGUCUCCAGGAGAUCAAGUGACCAUCAAGUGCAAAGCCAGCUCCAGCCUUGCUGAUAGUAGCUCUUGGAGUAGCUAUCAGCAAUUAGCCUGGUACCAGCAGAAACCUGGACAAGCUCCAAAGCUCCUCAUCUAUGGUGCUUCCACACGACAGUCAGGAGUCCCAGCCUGGUUCAGCGGCAGUGUCUCUGGCACUGAUUUCACUCUCACCAUCAGUGGUGUUGCAGCUGAAGAUGCUGGAGAUUAUUACUGUCAGCAGUACUUCAGGUCACCUCACACAGUGAUACAAACCCAUACAAAAACCUCCUGA